GUUGUUGUUGCGGCAGCCUUAACAGCACGACGAUCCUCACAAAAGGUUGAAGCACCGUCAAGCACCAUUGAAGCACUCAAGGAUGCUAGUCAAUAUCAGUAAAGAUUCAUUCAACACAAUGAGAGAAGGCAGAAGAACGACAUCAGAAUUACUGAAUCUUUGUAUACAACGAUCCGUAAACUUUUACGAUUGCAAUCAAAUCGUUCGACAAUAA